AUGCCUGCAUCACUACACCUCCAAAGAGCCACCAUCUACACCACCACAACAACAAACCUUACUCGCCACAAACAAUCACAAACCACCGUGAACACAUGGCGAGUCCCACUGACGUGGGACGCUUCUGUACCUGACUACGUUUCUUGCCACCACACACGUUUAGUGGGGCCCAACCAGUGCUGCUCCGUGGUGGUCCAGACCAUAAAUGCACCAGUCUCCACCGUUUGGUCUGUAGUCCGUCGUUUUGAUAACCCUCAAGCUUACAAGCAUUUCGUCAAGAGCUGCCAUGUCAUCGACGGAGACGGCAGCGUUGGUUCCCUUAGGGAGGUGCACGUGGUGUCUGGCCUCCCUGCAGCAUCAAGCACGGAGAGGCUUGAAAUUCUUGACGAUGAACAACAUGUUUUGAGCUUCAGUGUGGUCGGUGGCGUUCACAGGCUAAAUAACUACAGGUCUGUGACCUCGCUUCAUAAUUCUCCAAAUGGGAAUGGGACAGUUGUGGUUGAAUCAUACGUCGUGGAUGUACCAGCUGGUAAUACUAAAGAGGAUACCUGUACUUUUGCUGACACGAUUGUACGUUGCAACUUACAGUCUUUGGCUCAGAUUGCUGAGAACAUGUCAAGGAAUAACCAGAUAUCAACAACAUCCUGA